AUGGCAAACAAUGAAUUUUCUAGGGGUCUUACUGAAAAAAGGCACCUCUACACCCCAAUUCAUAGAAGGACGCAUUCCACUAAUAUAGAAAGCGUUAAAGGAAUAAUAUCAUUACAAAACCAUCGUCGCACCCUUUCAAAUACCCCUCAAGAGUUCAGUCCCAUUCAAAAUCCUCAGCAAAUCCAAAAUUCUUUAAGAAAACCUUUAAAUGUUGAGCCUUACAGAGAGCCUCUAACCCCUGACUCCUUAAAUUCUCCAGCUUCCUCUUGCUCAUAAUAAUUAUUAAUAUGGUGGAGAGACAAAAUAUGCCAUUAACGAUGACGCACCACAGUGGGCGCCAAAAUGGCUUUAUAGCCUAAUCAAAGGCUCAGACCCUUUGAUUCUAACCCUAAGCUAGCUGUAUGGGCUCCGUAUGAGGUGGGUGGCCUUGGGAGUCAGCUAGUGGUCAUUCCAGUCCAGUAUUAGUUAUCCGGAUGGUUUUUGGACCAUGGAUUCCUUCUCUGCCGGUUUCAGAAGGCUAUGACUCUUUUUUCCUGGGUGCCGUCUCUCCCAAAGGUGGCCGACAGGAGGUAUUAGGCUACGUUUACCUCCAUAGCACCCGAUGGUGCACUAACAGGACGUCUUUCUAACCAGUCGAGAUUCUUUGAGAUCACAGUGCAAGCCCAUCUCCUAGAGAAUAUCACCAUUCAAAUUAGCGGCUGAGUAUCCGCCCAUCAAGCAGGUUGGCGCUGGCCGAAAGCAUGCUGAGGCAUCAAAUCUGGAAGGAAUUAAAACUCUUAAUUUAAUUUAUUUUGUUCAUCUCAGCCUAAAAAGAUUAACAAAAAAGGAUUUAUCGGCUUAUUAGAUGCAGCAAUCACUUACUUCAACCAAGAGCCUCAGAUUCAAAUCCCAGCUCCCAACAAUGAGAUUAUAGAAAUGAAAAAAGAAAUAAGAAGACUUACAGAAAGACAAUUAGAAAUAGAAAAAGCUAAUGAGCAAUUGCUAAAAGAUUACUCAAUGAUGAAGGCAGCCUUAGAAGAGCAGAAAUCUAAAAAAGAAAAUUACGAAAAGCAUAUCCAGUCUCUACAAAACUACACACAAGAACUAGAAAACGGUGUAAAAAAAAUCCAAAUUGAGCUGAAAAAUGAACAGAAAAAAAACGAGCAGAUGAGAAUGGCAAUAAAUGUAAAUGAAAGCCAAGCCAAUGAAAGGAGGCUGCUAGGGAGAGUGCCUGUAUGGGAAGACGAAGGAAAAAAGAGGGGAAAAGAAGAAAGCUUGAGGGUGGAUAAACCUUCACCAACACCUAUUAUGUACAAGCCGAUUUCCCAAAGAGGAAUGAAGGAAGAAAAAAGAAGAUCAAUGGGGUUUACUUAA